AUUGAUCGAUGUUUUCAAGUAAACAUAUGAAGAUUUUUAUGUGACAUUCUGGGCUGUUACAAAAAAGAAGAAGAAAAAAGAAGAUAUGAAGAACAUCAUGCAAACAAAAUAUGUGUUAAUCAAUCCAAUUAAUUGAUAGUUAUGUGUACAUGAAACUAAGUGAAACAAUAAUGAGAGGGAGUGCGCUUAUAACUUCAAUUAUUUUUGCACACAUAACAUAGAUAUGAAGACAAUGAGGAGCUCGAAGACAAGAACAAAUGUGUUUGUUGUAUGUUGUGUAUCUUUCUUAGUGAUAUACUGUGUAAAUCAGUACACCAAAAUUAAGGAGUUGAAGAGGAAUUUGGUGAAAACCCUCGAAAAUGACGAAAAGAUCGAAGAAACGUCAUAUUUCAUGAAAGAAAAUAUGUCAAGUUACGAAGUAUUUCAAUCGUAUGAUGCGGAGGAAUUCCCAACAGUUCUAAAUGGUCCAACUAGAAUACCACAUAUCAUACAUCAAAUUUGUCACAGUGAGGAUAUCUAUGAAAUAUUUCAAGACCCAAUUUCUUCAUUUGUGGAAAACAAUCCGACGUGGGAAUAUAGGUUCUGGACAUACGAAUCGGGUAGAAAAUUUCUCAACAGACACUAUCCAUAUCUUAUAAGUAUAUAUGAUGCCUUUGGAGGGAAUGAUGUGAGAAAGUCAGAUUUAUUACGAUUUGCCGUAAUACAUCAUUACGGUGGGCUUUAUGCAGAUCUAGAUGUGAAGAAUUGGCGAUCACUAGAUAUAGCAACAAUUAAAUAUGCAUGCAUUGUACCAACAGAACCCUUUGAACAUAGCGCUUUUAUAUACAAAACCGAAUUUAUUUUGACCACUGCAGUAUUGUUAUGCAGACCUAAACACCCAUUUUUCAAGCAGGCACUGAUCAACCUUCAACUAGCAAAUAAAGACGGACACCCUGUGUACGUAACGGGUCCUCUUUAUUUUACUGAUAUAUAUAAGAACUACAAUAGCAUAAGUGAAGACGAUUAUGGAAGAAGAAAGUUGGACAACAGCUCUAAUUCACCGUAUUUUUAUAAAGGAACUCUUCCCGAAGAUCACAACGAUGCUGUUUAUGUGCCUAACUCACAGUAUUUUAUGGGUGAUAUUGACGUAAAUUUGUUCGAUUCAACUUCACCACAACAAUCAUUUAAAAUUUGUAAUGAGCCAAAUGAAUUUGCACUGUCUGGUAAAGAUUUGGAACUAACAUAUCGAGCGUGCCAUGAGUUUGAAAAACGUAAACAGUUAAGAAAAGAAAGGAAGUUUACAUUCACAAGUCAUUAUUGGUACCAUAUGUGGACAUUCCCUGAAGCAAAACUGUUCAACUUGAAACGUAUACAUAUAAAGACUUUCAUUCCAUCCUGUGUACUUUAUAAAUAAUGACAAGCAAAAAAGCAAUUGCAAAUAAAAAAAAC